AUCUGUGUUCGCUUAUUUUGUAAUACAUUCUCCUUAGAAAGGGCGUGUAUGGUUGCACUUACUGGCUUUUAGUUUGUGCUCAAUAGUGAAAAGAAUUAUGCCUCUUACUAUAAUAAAACUACAGACUCCUAAGAAAAGUUAAAGUUAGUUAAAUAAGCUUCACUGCAUAAGUAAUGAACUAUAUUCAAUCGUUUCUAUAAACAUUUUUGUAAAAAAAAAGUUUUUCGGAUUUUCUUGUUUAAUUUUCUACUUCACUGAAUUGAAUAUUACCUUUUAAAAAUGGUAGCUAAAAAUAUAGAAAACAAAAAUGAAAAAAAAUGAAGAGCGGGACUGGUAAAUUGUCAAUCUCCAUUGUUUUCUCCUCACUUUCAUAACUACUGGAAAAAUAUAGCUGUACGAAAUGGAAAGAAAAGGAUCAAAAAAAGCUAGGGAAAACAUCGAAUUUCUAGAUGCUCUUCUUGCUGAUCUCCAAAACCAGACGUCCAGUCGACCAGUCAAAAAACCUGCAGGAAGCAGCUCAUCUGACGACUUCCCACCACCUCCUACCACAGGUACGCCACCUCCUCAGGUCCCUCCACCACCAAAAUCCUAUAUACCUCCUAAAAAUUCCAAAAAAGGCCCUCCUGCAGUCCUUCCUAAACCUUCUAAGCCUUCUGCACAGAUUUCAAACGGUAGUGACAAUUCACUCAUGAAUAACUUAUCUGAUCUCGAUGGAUUGUUAAAUGACUUAAAUAAAGUGUCUUCCAGUUUGUGCACUGAAGGUCUUUCAAAUGGCGACUCCUCAAGUUCUAUUGAUUCACCACCCUUGCAAGUCAGUAUGGGAGCAGUUGAAGCUCUUCUUGACGAAUUAGACAGUACUGUGUCGCAUUCGAAAACUGUCUCCCAUGCAAAACCAGUCGCAGUUCGAGCUACCAUUACUGAUCAACCAAUGCCAAGAACAGCUUCAACUGCCACAAAAGAAUUAGAUGAUUUAAUGGCUUCACUUUCUGAUUUCAAAGUUGUUACUGGAACCAGUGAGGUAGAUGGUCCCCCUCGACCACCUGCACCAGUAGAAAAUGGAAUGCAAUCACCGACUGACGAUUACGCAAAAAUUGACAAACAGCCACCUAAAACUAGAGGAUCGUUGUCUAGCCAACCACCAGUCAACAAUUUGGAUUCCAUGUUGGGUAGCUUGCAGACCAACAUGUCCAAGCAGGGCGUCACCACUGUCACCAAAGGUACCUGUGCAGCAUGUAACAAGCCCAUUAUUGGACAGGUCUGCACUGCUUUGGGCAAAGCCUGGCAUCCGGAGCAUUUUGCAUGCUGUAUAUGCGAUACUCAGCUGGGAACCAAGACUUUCUUUGAAAGAGACGGAAAGCCAUAUUGUGAGGACGAUUAUCACGAAAAAUUUGCUCCCAAAUGUUUUGCAUGUAAUGGGCCUAUCCUCGAUUCCUGCGUGACAUCCAUGGAUCGAACCUGGCAUCCGGAACAUUUUGUUUGCGCUGAAUGUAGUCGACCUUUUGGCGAUUCCGGAUUCCAUGAGAAAGAUGGGAAGGCUUAUUGUCGAGACGAUUAUUUCAAGAUGUUCGCGCCCAAGUGCUCUGGAUGUAACCAAGCCAUUAUUGAUAAUUACAUAUCUGCGCUGAAUGGUCACUGGCACCCGCAGUGCUUCGUGUGCAUGGAAUGCCACCAGCCUUUUCAAAAUGGUAGUUUCUUUGAGCACGAGGGUAUGCCUUACUGUGAGAUGCACUACCAUGCCAGACGUGGAUCACUUUGUUACAGUUGCCAGAAGCCCAUUACCGGAAGGUGUAUCACAGCUAUGCACAGAAAAUUUCACCCUGAACACUUCAUUUGCGCUUUCUGUUUGAAGCAGUUAAAUAAAGGCACGUUCAAAGAACAGAACGAUAAGCCGUACUGCCAUUCGUGUUUCGUGAAGUUGUUUGCGUAGAUCACUUACCCGCGUGUAUACACGUGCCUUUCCCGCGUGAAUUAGUAAUAUGGAGACGCAACAAGAAAUCAAGUCGGAAUUUCACGGCCGCCGAACACAAAUGUCUCGUUUGUCUCGAUAAUUCUUCUUUAAUGAUAAGACAUGCUAAUGUUUUUUUAGAAGUAAAUAAAGUACUUUGUUUUUUAUUUUUAUGAUCAAGUGGAACUUGACUUUUGUUUUGGAUGGGUUUUUUUCUCUCCGCCAUUUUUUCACUAUAAUGUGUCAAUGUUUUCGGGCGCGUUAGUAAUCAACAAAACUCUGGUGAAUUUCAACAAUCCGUACGUUGUAUUGUGAUUCUUGUUUUGAUUUGUCGUUAAUUUUACAAUACUUUAUAUCUAUUUUUUUAAUGAUAGGCUUGUAUAAUAUUAAUUUUUUCAUUUUUUAUUUCUUGCUGGUUUAAACCACUGUAAUUGUUUAAAUCAUUUUUUUCUAAUGAAAUCAUAUUACAAAGCAACGGUCCAUAAGAUCUUGAAGGAUUUCUCCAAGAUGAGACCCAGUUGUACCAAUUCGAUAGAUGCCGAACAAUUUCUUCUUCUUCUAGUUUCGAUUAUCACACUAUGAAGCAUUUUAUGUGGCACUGUAAAUUGUUAAAAAAAAUUCAGAUGUAUAGACUACUUGGUUCGUUUUUCUAUGAUUGUCAGUUUUGAUUUUUGUAUAUGUGAUUUAAUUCUGUAGUAUUUGGCUGUUUACAAAAUAUAUCGUACAUUUAGAGUGUUCUUAAAAA